AUGGACGUCGUCGCGGCCGUCUCGGGCUACAUCUCCAAGAUGGUGACGGCUGGCGAAUCGGCCUCAGGGUCUUCGUCGACCAAGAUGAAGAUCUUGCUCCUCGACAGUGAGACAGUUCCCAUCGUCUCCACUGCUAUCACCCAGUCUGCCCUCCUCAACCAUGAAGUGUACCUCAUUGACCGCCUCGAUAACUCCGCGCGUGAGAAGAUGCGACAUCUACGAUGUUUGGUUUUCGUGCGCCCAACCCCAAACUCCGUCCAGCUCCUGGUCGACGAACUUCGAGACCCCAAGUACGGCGAAUACUACAUCCACCUAAGCAACAUUAUCCGCAAGUCGUCACUUGAACGGCUAGCCGAGGCCGACAGUCACGAGGUCGUGCAAUCUGUCCAGGAGCAUUUUGCCGAUUUCCUCGUGAUUAACCCCGAUUUGGCCUCUCUGAACCUGGGCUUCCCACUCGAUCGACUAUGGGCCCAAUCUCCAGAUGCGUGGAACGCCGAUGCGCUGCAGCGAGCGACUGAGGGCGUGCUGGCGCUGCUCCUAUCGCUGAAGAAGAACCCUUUGAUCCGCUACGAAAAGAACAGUUUGCUGGCACGGAAGCUUGCCACCGAAGUCCGAUACCAUAUAACGCAAGAGGAACAGUUGUUCAACUUCCGCCGGGCGGAUACUCCUCCGAUUCUUCUUGUUCUCGAUCGCCGCGACGAUCCCAUUACCCCACUCCUCACACAAUGGACCUACCAAGCGAUGGUGCAUGAGCUUCUUGGAAUAAACAAUGGACGCGUGGACCUGCACGAUGUCCCGGACAUUCGACCAGAGCUGAAGGAGAUCGUUCUUGCUCAAGACCAAGAUCCAUUCUUCAAGAAAAAUAUGUACCAGAAUUUUGGUGAUCUAGGCCAGAACAUCAAGGAAUACGUGGAGCAGUACCAGGUUAAGACACAAACCAACAUGAACAUCGAGUCCAUUGCCGAUAUGAAGCGAUUUGUGGAGGAUUACCCCGAAUUCCGGAAACUCUCAGGCAACGUUAGCAAGCAUGUCACCCUGGUCGGCGAGUUGAGUCGACGCGUCGGCGAGGAAGAUCUGCUGGACGUGAGUGAGUUGGAGCAGAGCCUAGCCUGCAAUGAUAACCACUCGAGCGACUUGAAAUCACUCCAACGUAUUAUUGCGCUGCCAAACGUCAGUGCUGAUAACAAGCUCCGCCUGGUGGCCCUAUACGCUCUCCGCUACGAAAAGCAACCGAACAACGCCCUACCCAUCCUCCUCGACCUCCUCGUCACAGCUGGCAAUGUCCCGUCUAAUCGUGUGAACCUCAUCCCCAAGCUUCUCACCUACCAUCACUCUCUCCAAGCACCCCCUGUAGCCGGCGGAUUUACCGAUCUGUUCGAGUCUACGUCUUUCUUAUCCGGCGCCCGCGACCGCUUCAAGGGUCUCAAGGGCGUCGAAAAUGUCUAUACGCAACAUUCUCCACGUCUGGAGGUCACUCUCCAGAAUUUGAUCAAGGGGCGCCUGAAGGAAAUGCAGUACCCAUUUUUGGAGGGCAGUGGGCACACACGGGACAAGCCGCAGGACAUCAUUAUAUUCAUAGUUGGCGGCGCCACAUAUGAAGAGGCUAAGAUGGUGGCCCAGGUGAACGCUAGCUCUCCUGGAGUGCGUGUAGUCUUGGGUGGAACCACCAUCCACAACAGCACCACAUUCCUGGAAGAGGUUGAUGAUGCUGUAUCUAGCUGGCCUGAACCUAGUCCUUCAUCAGCUGCUGGACGGCUACGGCGGGAGGUUGGACGGUAA